AUGUCUGACGCCAGCACGGAUCGAUCCGAAGUCCGAUUCCCAUGCCACCUGAUGCCCUUCGGGCGCAACCGGUCUUUCUUUGGCCGCAAAAAAGAGUUGACAGACAUCGAGAAUGCUCUGUGUCCUGCGAGACCAGAGGAAGGGCCCGAAGAAUAUUCGCUGCUCAGAACAUUUGCGAUUACUGGAGCGGGUGGCAUGGGCAAGUCUCAGCUCGCGACUGAGUUUGUUUGUAACAACAAAAGCCUAUUUGAUGCAGUUUUCUGGGUUCACGCGGACGAGCAGUCCAAGCUUUCCGAAGACUUUAGCAGCAUUGCGCUUGCUCUCGGCCUUGUUGGACAGGACUCGCCGGAAGCAACGGAUCACGUGUUAACCAGAGAACGUGUCAAAAUGUGGCUGGCUCAUCCUCUGAAGGGGCAGUCUACAAAGAAUAGGAGAGACUCCAGACGAGAUAGCAAUGAAGAAGGCCCCCUGGCGUCGUGGUUACUAGUAUACGACGGAGCAGACAGACCAGAGCUCUUGAACGUCUUUUGGCCUCUAGGAGGCUCGGGGUCUAUCCUCAUAACAAGUCGCGAUCCUCUCCCAUGGACAGCAUCUUUGGAUCUGAAGCCAUUCAGCCCGGAAGACGGAGCCGGCUUCCUCUUGAAGACAACGAAGCGUGGCGCCUCGAAGGAAGACGAAGAGGAUGCUAUCACGAUCUCCAAACGACUUGGUGGACUACCGCUGGCUCUGACCCAGAUGGCCCGCUUCAUCACAAACUCGAAUUUGACUUUCUCGGACUUCAUCCGAGCUUACAAUGAACGAGAGAAGAAAGAAGCAAUGUUCAAGUUUCAGGUUGAUGGCCCAAACGCACAGGCAAACUACGGCCACAACCUCGCAUCUGUCUGGGCGCUUGAAAACCUUAGGGAAGGGAAAGCUCUCUUGGACGUGAUUUCCAUGCUGGAUCCGGAUAGCAUACCGGAGCACAUAUUGACAUCAUUUGCGGACACUGUCAAUCUGAAAGAGUAUCCGAAGUCUAUCAAAGCGUACAGCGUCGCGAGGACUGAGCUCAUUCAAUCCUCCAUCGUCGGCGGAAAUGCGCGGACACAGACUCUCUUCAUUCAUCGUCUCGUGCAGGACGUCGCACGGCUGCGGAUGAGUCGGUCUCAAUAUAGGGAAACGUUUGAUGCCGCUGUUCGACUUAUCUCGUCCGUCUGGCCCUACCAGCCUUUCACGUGGCGGCACAGUAUUUCCCGUUGGUCGAAGUGCGCAGACCUUUACCCUCAUAUCAUUCGGCUUAGGGAGCUCUCAAAGCCCUUUUCGCCCGAUCCGGAUAAUGUGGCGGGCGAUUUCGAAUAUGCGAAGCUGCUGAUGGAUGCCGGCUGCAUGCCGCAAGUUCUAGCGCCACGAGCCGGAGGGAGAAACGUAAUUUCCGAACAAGAGGUAGAUGCAGUUCUGGCAGAGUUACACCAUAAUCGGGGCUGUAUUGCUACGGAAACAAACUGUCCCAAGGACGCUUUGAGACAUCACGGCAUUUUCAACACUAUGAUGCUGAAAGAGUUUGAAGGACGGCCACCUGGAAUCGACUGGCGCCUCGGAAUCUCAUGGAACCAGCUUGGAACGGCAAAGAUGAUCAAUGAACUGUGGGAGGAAGGAGAGGAUUGCUUCCGUCGUGCGAUUCUCGCGAUGCACAAGGUGGACAAUUUCAAGCAAGUGUGGAUUUCGCUACCGGUCGUCAAUCUAGGCCAAGCGUACUGGUUGACGAAUAGAUGCGAGAAGGCUCUCAUAAUUCUAACGGAGGGACUAUCGUAUCGGCAGGCACAUUUUGGAAUGGACGACAAGGAGUCUUUCAUUACUGGCAGGUUCUUCCACGCUAUUGGUAAUGUCAAAGCAACCCAAGGACAUAUGGAAGAAAGUCUAGAUUUCCACCGCAAGGCGCUGCUUCACUACAAAAACACGUUGGGAAACAACCAUCAUCGAACUGCAGAUAUCUGCAUCAAAGUCGCCGAACAUUGUAUUCGCAAAGAUCAGAUUGACACAGCACUUACUCUAUUAGACCAAGCCCUAAGAGCCUACGGCGACCGCGAGGCUUACAAGCCAGAGAAGGCGCGGGCACACUUCAAGAGAGCCAAGACUUUGCGACUAUUAGGCAGGAAAGAUGAGGCGGAGGACGAGCUCCAAACCAGCUGGAAGCUCUAUCAAGAAAUCAGGCCGAAGGACACGCGGCCUGUGCGCGACUUGAUAGACGACGACUUCGAUAAGACCGUGGUCUUCUGGUCCAGAUGAAGAAGAAGGCAGCAAUGUGCGCCUUUGGCUGUGCGUGGGUUGUGCAGAUACGAGACUUGGAAUCCCAUCCCGCGGGCGUUGCUGUGGUUGCCUUGCUCGCUGACCUGAGCAGGUGGGGGAUUUGGAUCAAAUCGAUAUAAAAGCACUUUGUAAUAAUCUUCAGCCUGAU